GCAAUUCCAAAGGGAGCGGCGCGGCGCUCGGUUCCGACCGGACGCCUCCUUUCCUCUCUCCGUCCCAGCCGGAUUUUAAGGAAGAGAAAGAGAAGCCCUUCGCUCCGAAUUCGCCCGCCUGCUCGGCGGACCGUCAAAGGGACGGGAUGGAGAGGCAAUCCGGCUCGGCCAAGAAGAAGACGCGCACCGUCUUCUCGCGGAGCCAAGUUUACCAGCUGGAGUCCACCUUCGACAUGAAGCGCUACCUGAGCAGCUCCGAGCGGGCCUGCCUGGCCUCCAGCUUGCAACUGACAGAGACUCAGGUGAAAACCUGGUUCCAGAACCGGCGGAACAAAUGGAAGCGGCAGCUCUCGGCCGAACUGGAGGCGGCCAACAUGGCCCACGCCUCGGCCCAGACUCUGGUGGGGAUGCCACUGGUUUUCAGAGACAAUUCCGUCCUCAGGGUGCCCGUGCCCAGGUCCAUCGCCUUCCCGGCGCCCUUAUACUACCCCGGCAGCAACCUGUCCGCCUUACCUCUUUACAACCUCUACAAUAAGCUCGAUUACUGA